CCCCCUCAAGGAAAGCGCGAGUCGCUCCAAUCGGAAACAGAACUUGCUGAACACCAGCCAGCGAUCGUCAGUCGGGAUACGAGUCAUAGAUUUGGAGGCUGAUUGUGGAGUUUGAAGCUUAAAAAAGGCCAUUUUUUCUCUUUUCGAAAUUAUCUCGAAGUGAAGAUGAGUUCCCAACGGUUGGCGACAUUGUAGUGGAGCAUUGAUAGAUCGUGUGAAAGAAGCAUCAUUGUGGAAUUCAAUAGGAACCUUCACCCGCUGAGGCAUUGAACAAAACGGUAUUAUCAAGUAGACCGCGCAUAUUUACCAAAUGAACAAAGUUGAUUGGGCCAUUCGAGUGUAUUUUUGAAGUCUCUGUUUGGUCAACGACUGAAGCGUAUUUGAACAGUGGUGUUAAUGAUAGUGCGGACAACAAAGGCUCAGAAGUUGCAAGAAAUAGUUAUCGCAUAGACUACAGUGUUAGAAACGAACAAGUGAUAUUUAGGUCGAUAACGAUAAGAAGUUAUGGUCGCUGUUGAGCUGAGAUUCAUAAAACCAACGAAAAUUUUCUGACUGCUGCUUUAACACAAGCUGGUGUCCUGCUGAUCGAGUGACCAACGGCUGCAUAUUUGCUCAAGAUUACUCAUCUGCAUUCGCACGACCGUGUGCGGUUCACACCUUUGGAUAAAAGUCUCUAAAGAAGUUAAUCCAUCAGUUUCAACCGCUCAGCUGAUAUUUGAUUGUAUUUUUUUUUUCACGGGAAGAAAAACACACAAAACCUCUUGCCUACAUAGAAUGGUAGAAAGUGAAACCGAUUCCAAAAAUUCAAAGUAUACCAAUGUAAAGGACGACAGAGUAGCAAACGGCGUCGGUUCGAACGAGUAUCCGAACACCGUCUCAUCGGAGAAAGCCAGCAAGGCUGACCAUAUCCACCAGACCGGCUUGCAGAUUGUUGCCUCGAAGCAGGACAAGGCAGCGUCGCUCGAUGCCGAGCGGGGCUACACCAGCAAGGCUGACUUCGAGCAGGCGAUAGAGCUCACUGGUUAUGGCAAAUUUCACUACAUCCUACUAGCAAUAUGUGGUCUCGUAAGCACCAGCGAGGAGAUGGACGUCAUCUCGAUGUCCUUCAUCCUUCCCUCGGCCCAAUGCGACCUCGACUUGAAUACUCAGACCAAAGGAUGGCUCAAUUCGAUUAUCUUCAUUGGCAUGAUGGUUGGUGCUUAUGCUUGGGGAAGCGUUGCAGACUCGCUGGGUAGAAAGAAGGUCCUCAUCGUCAUUUCGAUCAUGAACGCCAUCUGCAUUGUUGCUUCCUCGUUCUCACAAUCUUACGAAGUGUUUAUGGUGUUCCGUUUUCUCAACGGCGCUGCAUUGGGAGGCAGCGGACCAGUCAUCUGGUCUUAUUUCGCGGAAUUCCAACCUAAGGCAAAGCGUGGUUCCAUGUUGAGUUUCAUGGCAGCUUUCUGGACUAUCGGUAAUCUUCUGGUUGCUGGUUUGGCAUGGCUGAUUAUCCCAACUAACAUUGGAUUCCACACCCCCGCAUUCACCUUUAACUCUUGGCGUAUUUUCCUGAUGGUGUGCUCAAUCCCAUCAUUCGUCGUCGCAGGUCUACUCCUCUAUCUACCGGAAUCUCCCAAGUUCUUGCUCUCACAAGGCAAAUUUGAAGAGGCCCUCGCCAUCUUCCGUGGCAUAUACGUCACCAAUACGGGCAAAUCGGCGGACCUUUAUCCCGUCAAGGAACUGUUGAUUGACGAACAGCUCAGAAAUGAACUGGCAGACGUGAAGAAACCCAUCAAGAACAAAUACAAACGCAUGUUGCACGAUAUCAUGGAUAACAGUAAACAGCUGUUCAUGUCUCCGAUCCUGAAGUUCACCACCAUCUCGAUCACGAUCAACUUUACGUUCCACAUUGGCUACUACGGAUUGAUGAUGUGGUUCCCUGAGCUGUUCAACCGCUUCGAUGAGUUCAUCCGUGCUCACCCAGAUAUCGAAGAGGCUGGUGUGUGCCAAGUCACCGACUACGUGGUUGGUCAUGGCUCGCAUGGCGAAUCUGGAGUUUGCUCUGCCACCAUUCCAAGUACGGUCUUCUUGGAGUCACUCAUCACUGUUGCCGCAGCACUCCCUGCAAACGUCAUAGCGGUCUUGGGUAUGGACAAACUAGGCAGAAAAUUCUUUUUGGUAUUCAGUACUAUGUCCGCUGGGUUCUGCUCAGCUUCGAUGUAUUUCGUUACCAAUAAGAAUCAAAAUCUAGCGGUAUCGGCAAUCUUCAGUGGUGUAAUCUCGAUGGGUAACGCGUCACUGGAUUGCUUGAUUACGGAAGUCUUCCCAACGAAUUUAAGAGCAACUGGUGUGGCCAUUUCGAUGGUGGCUGCUCGUCUUGGUGGUAUCAUUGGUAACGUUGUGAUAGCAACGCUCCUAGAUAUGUACUGCCCAGCGCCAACGUUCAUCGUUGCAGUACUGCUGGCUGGCGGUGGCUUGAUGUGCCUCUUCUUGCCGAAUACUACGAAGACCGAUCUGAACUAGGAAAGCCUUCUAGACUUAAUUGUAUAACGCAGGACGUUUCAACUUUCCCUCACCUAACAAAUCUGCACACAUUCUGAUCUGACAUCUUUAAUCUUUCCUUUCUGCCCUUUUGUGGAAAUCUCAACACAUCACGAAAGAUCUUGCAAUCGAUGAAUUUAAUAUAGCUUUAAGUUGAAUAUAAUGGAUGAAUAUAUUUUGUAAUAUAUACAUGAGUGUUUGCCGGACAAUGAACGGCAAUCGUGGAAUGUUUAUCAGUUGAAUAUUGAAUGUUCAAUUUUUAAAUGUUGAAAAUGAAACAAAACUAAAGAAAUACAACUAAACGAAAAAUACAAAACUUAACUUAAACACGUCGGAAAGAUUGUAAACCUCAAUAAAGUAAAAUGAUAAAUUUCAAA